GUGCCUGGCCAAUUGAUCCCUGAAUUUGCCCCGUCGGCUUCUUUGCUAUCUCCUGGCUCCAACCUUCCAGCACAACCAUCCUCCCAGACCCAGCGGCAGAGUCGGCAACGUGCUCCUUUUUUAAUGACUCAGCGACCGACGCCCAGCACGUCAAUUAUGGUUUCACGAGAGCAUCAUCAACAGCAGCAGCAGCAUCAGCAGCAGCUGAAAGAAAUGGCUAUGGCCUUCUGUGCUCAACUCCACCUUCAAGAACAUCAACAAAAUCUGGCCCAGCCGCAAUAUCUUCAACAACAUUUCAGGACAUCUGCACCCUCGCGACAGGUAACUGGUCUCUUCGGUUGGCCAUUUCGUCCAUUUCUUAGUCUCAUAUUCCGUUCAAGCCCACAUUAA